AAACCUACUAUUUUCUCUUCCCUCCUCCUCCUUCUUCCCACUCUCCAACUCAUACAGCAUUUCUUGGUCUGCACACGAUGAAGUGAAUUGGGUCGGGUCUUCCACCAAUGUCCGCAGAAGAAGAUGAUGAGAAAACCCAUGGCCGUCAUCUGCCACCCACCUGAGCCCUUCCUCUUCCUCCUCCUCAAACCCUUUUAUUCCGUUUCCUCCCCCGCCACCGCUCCUCUUCCCUUCUCCCCCGAACCGCACGAUCUCUCCACCCAGCUCUUCUCCCUUCUCUCCCGCCCCAAUUGGCAGCGCCACCCUUUCCUAAAUAAACUUGCCCCCUCCAUAUCCCCUGCCCAUGUCUCCUCAGUCUUCACUCUCAAACUCGACCCCCAAACGGCCCUCGGAUUCUUCAACUGGAUUGCCCUUAAACCCGGAUACAAGCACACUGUCCAGUGCCAUUCUUCCCUCCUCAACAUUCUCCUUCCCAAUGGGUUUCUCCAGGUUGCGGAAAAGAUCCGAAUUUCCAUGAUUAAGGCUUCCAGUUCCCCUCAAGAUGCCGUUUUUGUGCUCGAAUAUUUGCGGGCAUUGAAUGGCGCCGAAGAGUUCGAGUUCAAGCUCACCCUCAGGUGCUACAAUUUUCUUCUAAUGUCCUUGUCUAAGUUUUCCCUGUUUCAAGAUUUGAGAGCUCUGUACUUGGAGAUGUUAGACGAUAUGGUUUCGCCAAAUCUGCAUACUUUUAAUACCAUGAUCAAUGCUUACUGUAAAUUGGGUAAUGUGGCUGAGGCAGACUUGUAUUUCAGUAAGAUAGGGCAGGCGGGUUUGCACCCCGAUACGUUUACCUACACUUCCUUGAUACUGGGGCAUUGUAGGAAUAAGGAUGUGGAUAGUGGUUGUAGUGUUUUCAAGCUAAUGCCGCAAAAGGGUUGUCAAAGAAAUGAGGUUUCCUAUACUAAUUUGAUUCAUGGGCUUUGUGAGGCUGAUCGGAUUGAUGAGGCUCUCAAGUUGUUUUCUCAAAUGGGGGAGGAUAAUUGUUUUCCGACUGUGUGUACAUUUACAGUUCUUAUUUGCGCCUUGUGUAAAUUGGGAAGGAAAAUAGAAGCUAUGAAUCUGUUUAAAGAGAUGACGGAAAUGGGUUGUGAACCAAAUGUUCAUACUUAUACCGUGCUCAUUGAUAGCAUGUGUAAGGAAAAUAAGCUUGAUAAGGCAAGAAACUUGCUAAACAAGAUGUUGGAGAAAAGGUUAGUUCCUAAUGUUGUCACGUACAACGCAAUGAUUGAUGGGUACUGCAAGGAGGGAGCAGUUGAGGCUGCACUUGGUAUUUUGGCUUUGAUGGAAUCGAAUAAUUGUUUUCCAAAUGCUCGGACGUACAAUGAAUUGAUUUGUGGAUUUUGUAAAAGGAAAAAUAUACACCAGGCGAUGGCACUGCUUGGUAAGAUGCUUGAUUGGAAACUCUCACCAAGCCUAUAUACAUAUAACUCAUUAAUCCAUGGGCAGUGUAAAAUAGGUCAUUUGGAGAGUGCUUAUAGGCUGCUUAAUUUGAUGCAAGAAAGUGGUUUGGUUCCUGACCAAUGGUCUUACAGCUCUCUCAUAGACACACUCUCUAAGAAGGGGAGACUGGAAGAAGCUCAUGCCCUGUUUGAUUCUCUCAAAGAGAAAGGCAUAAAGUCGAAUGACGUGAUCUUUACUGCUUUGAUUGAUGGUUAUUGCACGGUUGGGAAAAUCGACGAUGCCCAUUCUUUGUUUGAUAGAAUGCUUGCAGAAGACUGUUUGCCGAACUCAUACACUUACAAUACCUUGAUAGAUGUGUUGUGUAAAGAAGGAAGACUGAAGGAAGCAUUAUCACUGGUAGAAAAGAUGGUAAGUAUUGGUGUGAAAGCUACAGUACAUACUUAUACAAUUCUAAUUAAACAAAUGUUGAAGGAAGGGGACUUUGACCAUGCUCAUGGGCUUUUAAACCAGAUGGUUAGUUCUGGUAAUCAGCCUGACCUAUUUACUUACACCACCUUUAUUCAUGCAUAUUGCGGCAUAGGAAAUGUAGAAGAGGCAGAGAAAUUGAUGAUUAAGAUGAAUGAAGAAGGAAUUGUAGCAGAUUCGUUGACUUACACAUUACUAAUUGAUGGAUAUGGACGCAUGGGAUUAAUUGAUUGUGCAUUUGAUGUUCUUAAGCGCAUGAUUGAUGCUUCUUGUGAUCCUUCGCAUUAUACCUACUCCUUUCUGAUCAAACAUCUUUCAAAUGAAAAGUUGACAGAGACAAGGAAUAAUAUAGUGGGAAUGGAUUUGAUCUCAAAUGUCUCCUUAAUUGAUAUUACUGAUGUGUGGAAGAUAAUGGAUUUUGACAUUGCUUUAGACCUUUUUGAAAAAAUGACUGGGCAUGGUUGUGGACCCAGCACCAACACUUAUGACAAACUUAUAGUAGGUCUUUGCAAAGAGAGGCGCUUGGAAGAAGCCCAGAGGUUACACAGUCAUAUGAAAGAGAGGGAAGUUUCUCCCAGUGAGGAUAUUUAUAAUUCUCUUCUUAACUGUUGCUGUACAUUGCAAAAGUAUGGAGAGGCAGCAAUCUUGGUGGAUGCGAUGAUUGAGGAUGGUUAUUUACCGACAUUGGAGUCCUCCACGUUGCUUGUAUGUGGGCUUCUUGAUGAAGAGAAGAGUGAGAAGGCAAAAGCAGUUUUUCGUACUUUGCUUCAUUGCGAAUAUAAUUACGAUGAAGUAGCUUGGAAAGUUCUCUUUGAUGGUUUACUUAAGAGGGGUCUUGGCAAUAUAUGCUCUGAGCUCAUAAGCAUCAUGGAGAAGAUGGGUUGCCGGCUUCAUCCUCAGACAUAUUCAAUGUUGAUUGAGGGAAUCAAUAAUCCGUAAAACUGCUGGAUUUUUUUUUCUUCUGGGAUUUAAUUCUUUAUCUGUGAGCACUACUGCAAGCAAAGUGAUUUUAAACCUUAUAUUCCCAGAGAUCUGGUGCUGGUCCUGUAUUGCAAUGAAGAUCUCGUGCGGUAAAAGGGGUUAGCAGUGUUUGUUUGCCCCAUGCAUAUGCCGACUAUAUUAGCAAACCAAACGCAAGAAUGCAAGGUCGGUGGUCGCCAUUCUUGUACUCAUCAGAAAACAGAAAUCAGUACUGUACGGCUGUGAUUGUGCGUGCAGAUUAUCAGGCGCAGAACCAGCUGAGCUGGGGGAGCUUGGAAGGAAGUGGCUGGUAUUUACUCGAUGUACAGCCUUACUCGCUGAUACGAUAUAUCUCAAACAAUGUAUAUUUUCCUCACUGAUUACAGACAGCAGAUGACAAAUAUUUCAAGUCCGAAGAGCAAUCAAUUUACGAUGUAUUAUGUUUCUGUUAAGUUCCCACGUAAUGCAAUCCCGUUUUAAAAGAUUGUUCAGUUGAGGGCGCAUGUUUGUGCUCAUUA